AUGAAAGAUGCUGGCGAGCUUAUAGUAAGCAAUGAUAGUUCUACAAAUUUUAGCUACGAUUACUAUGAAUACUUAGAUGAACAAGAUUUUUUGGCAAACGAUCCAAUUGUGAGGAAUGUCGCCGCGGUGACAUUACUUAUUUACUUCAUUGCUGCUAUUGUUGGCAUUCCAGCAAACAUCUAUGUGCUGAUUCGAAUGAAAAAGCUAGCAAAGAAUGAUAGCGAAAGAUAUCGUAGUGGUACCGGUAUAGCGCUCUGCUCAAUGGCAGCUGCUGAUCUUUGUUCUUUAUUAUUGAUACUAUCGCAGAAUCUUAUGCAAUUAUACCCACAACUUGGUAGCGAUGAAGUACUUAUGCAUUAUGUUUGUAAGGCGGUAUUAUUUUUAACGCAUACAGUAACGGGUAUUUCUGUUUGGUCAUGGCUUUUGCUUUCAACACUUCGUUACCUCGCUAUAAGGCACCCACUCUUCCAUCUUCAACUGUGGCAAAUGCCAUAUCGAGCUUUAUCAUUCAUCAUAAUAGUAUCAUUGGCGCUGAAUGCCUGGCUUCUAUUGGCAGUUCAUUCCACUCAGUUCGGUUGCAUUCAACAAGCGCUCUUUCGAUCACUUACUUGGAAUCGGCUGUUUCAUAUCGUUGAAUGUGCUUGGUCAUUUUGUGUCCCUUGCUUGCUUAUUUUUGUUAUGGAUAUUUCUGUACUCAUCAAGAGCACGAUGGGAUCGUGCGAUACUGGCUUACUGCAAAUAUUUUCAGCACAAAAAAGAUCUGAGCAAACUUUUGAGCCUCCAAUUAUCGCUUGCGUAUAUUCCAGAAGCAACCAGACACUCAUUCGACAUAAGCAUAGCCGCACAUUGUGGAGAUGGUUAGCAAUUGCACUGAUUUGCAUAAUAUUGAACACACCGGAGAACAUGUAUCGAUUGGUGAUAUUGUUCGGAAUGCCCGAUGUUCAUGAAGAAGCGCUUCACUUUUCAGCACGAAUGCUUGCACAAGCGCUCUAUUUCAGCCAAUUUGCAUUUAAUGCUGUGUAUUUGGCACUGUUUGUGUUUGACAAAUCAACCAGACCGAAAUCAUAUUUCGAGCAUUCCGCCGGUAGAAAUUCAAUGCCUGCAGUCCAAUUAUCAAAAUAUGGCAAAGAAUAUUCCGAAAAAGUAAAUGGCCUCACAGCCGUUUAA